AUGGAGGCACCAAGCGGCAGCGUGAAAGCUAGGACCGCCGCCGAAUUACAGAUCGUGAAGCGAAAAUCAGGCAAGACUUAUGGUCAGAUAGCCGAAGAGACCGGCUUGACCAAUGUUUUCGUGGCUCAGCUCCUCCGGCGCCAAGCUCAGCUCAAGCUGGGAACGGCACCUCUGCUCCGGGCCGCCUUGCCCGCCCUGACCGAUGAGCUUAUUAACGAGAUGAUGCAGCCGCCACUACGUUCGUAUGACCCGAACUUGAUCCAAGACCCCGCUGUUUACAGACUGAACGAAGCAGUUAUGCAUUUUGGGGAGAGCAUUAAAGAAAUUAUAAAUGAAGAAUUUGGCGAUGGCAUAAUGUCUGCAAUCGACUUCUAUUGCUCAGUGGAUAAAGUGAAAGGCGUGGAUGGGAAGGAUCGUGUUGUUGUCACAUUUGAUGGAAAGUAUUUGCCAUACACUGAGCAGACAACUGAGCAUAUGAUGUCAAGAUUAAGAAAGCAAAACGACAAGGAUGGUAAACCAGAAUGA